UCCUUCGUAAAAGAGUUCUCAAAAUGGCGACUCCCAUAUCAAACUUUUUAAAAUUAGUUUCAUCAAAUGUUUUUAAAAGUGUGCAAUGUCGCUCAAGUCAUGCAAGUGUGUUAAGUGACUGCACGUCUUUCACCAGGAGGAGCCACCUGUGUGGAGAGCUGCGAGACAAGCAUGUAGGGGAGAGCGUGACACUCUGCGGCUGGCUGCAGUUCCACCGGCUGAGUGGGGCUUUUAUUGUCCUGCGAGACUGGCUUGGGUCAAUACAGCUGGUCAUCCCAGAAACUAAAGUCCAUGAGUUCAAAGAUCUACCUCUUGAAUCAGUACUUCAGGUCAAAGGUCAGGUUUGUCUAAGGCCAAGCGGACAAGAAAAUAAGGACAUGCCCACAGGAGAUGUGGAGGUUCAAGUGCAAGAGAUCUCAGUGCUCAACACAUGUACCAAACAUUUACCUUUUGAGGUGCAAAAUUUUAAUAAGGUCAAAGAGUCGCUGAGGAUAAAACACAGAUAUCUGGAACUGCGGCUCCAAAACUUGCAGAAAGUUCUAAGACUCAGGUCCAAGUUUGUCAUGUCAGUUCGAGAUUUCCUGGCAAAUGGCAAUGGAUUUGUUGAAGUUGAAACACCAACACUUUUUAAGCGCACCCCAGGGGGGGCGCGUGAGUUCAUCGUCCCAACAAGCAGCCCUGGCAAGUUUUACAGCCUUCCCCAGUCACCACAGCAGUUCAAACAGUUGCUGAUGGUGGGAGGGCUGGACCGUUACUUCCAGAUUGCUCGAUGUUACAGAGAUGAGGGAACCAAGCCUGACAGGCAGCCAGAGUUUACGCAGAUUGACCUGGAGAUGUCAUUUGUGACACAAGAAGCUGUCAUCAGCCUGGUGGAGCAGUUGUUGCAGGCCACUUGGCCAGAGGAGUGUGGACAAGUGGCCGCCCCUUUUCCCAAGAUGGCCUAUCAGGAGGCCAUGACCUUUUAUGGUUGCGACAAGCCUGACCUAAGACUUGAUUGGAAGAUCCAGCAGCUGACCUCUACUCUCCUGCCUGCGCCCCCUGCAGUUUUUCAAGACUUUCUCAGCACUGACGGCUCAACACUCCAGGCACUCAGAGUACCAGAGGCUUGUCAACAUUUAUCCAACAAAGAACUGGAGGACAUUCUGAGAACUUGUGCUGUAUCUCCAGGCAGUCGUGUGAAACUGGUGGCCGCCAAGAUAAAGGCAGGUGGCAGCUGGGGCUCCAGCCUUGACCGCCAGCUGGACACUGCCUGCAGACAGAGGGUGGCUGCAGGCAUGCAGCUACAGCCACAUGACUGGCUGCUCCUGGCUGCUGGACAGCACUACCAGCCUCACCAAGUUCUGGGCCAGGUGCGACUUAAUGCAGCCAGCUUGUUGGAGUCUAAAGGUAUACAAGUUAGACAAGAAGGUUUCAAAUUUCUGUGGGUGGAUAACUUCCCUUUGUUUUUGCCAAAAGAGGAUGGAGGGGAGGGUCUGGAAUCAGCACAUCACCCCUUCACCGCCCCACAUCCUGAUGACCUGGACCUGAUCUACACCUCUCCAGAACAGGUACGAGGCCAGCACUACGACCUAGUCCUGAAUGGGAGUGAGAUAGGGGGUGGCUCCAUCAGGAUCCACAGCUCCAAGCUGCAAAGUUACGUCCUCUCAGAGGUGCUCAAAGAAGACAGUUCAGAGCUGGAACACUUGCUGUUUGCCCUAGACUGUGGCUGUCCUCCUCAUGGUGGCAUAGCACUUGGUCUUGACCGCCUGAUGUCCAUCAUGUGUGGGACAGAGUCCAUCAGAGACGUCAUAGCCUUCCCAAAGAUCACUGGAGGCAAGGAUCCCCUCAGCAACUCUCCGGCCUCUGUUGCCCCUGAUGAUUUAAAGUACUACCACAUUAGUCUAGACACCCCAGCCACAUGACCAGAGUGCUUUCUUAGCCUUAGAAUAAAACUUGAUACGCCAAUGUAA